CGCUUACCUGUGCGGUGCCUCCUCCAUUAAUUGCUUCACACCACUUCGAGAUCUCUGUGGCUAGCUGCAUGCGUAGUCCGUAGUCCGUGUCUAUAUAUAGGCUAUCUAGACGGCUUGGCACUCCACUUAGCUUGGAAGCUAGAGCUAGCUCGAUCGAUGGCGAGGUGGAGCACCGUUACUGCCGCAAUGGCGUGCCGCUUCCUGGCAGUCGUCGUCCUCCUCCUUGCGGUGGCGCCGCUAGUCCCGGCUGACGCGAGAGACGUGCCUGCCACGGCCACCGCCACCGCCAAGACCACAAAGACAACUGCGACGACCACGAGUGCUAAGAACGUCGGCGUGGCUGCGGCCGCACCGGCCGGCCUCGGCGACCAGAAGACCUUCCUGGGCAGCGGCCUGGGCGGAGGCUACGGUGGCGGCAUCGGGGGCUUCGCUGGUGCCGGCGGGGUUGGAGGCCUGGGUGGAGCGGUGGGUGGCAUCGGCGGCGUCCUCGGAGGCGUCGGGGGCGGCGUGGGAGGGAUCGGGGGCGUCGGUGGCCUCGCUGGCGUGGGAGGCGUCGGUGGGCUUGGCGGAGCAGGCGGUGGCGUCGGUGGACUUGGCGGCGCAGGCGGGCUCGGCGGUGGUGGCCUCGGUGGGCUCGGAGGAGGCGGUCUGGGCGGUGGCUCCGGUGGACUCGGCGGCCUUGGGGGUGGCUCAGGCGGACUCGGCGGGCUUGGUGGUGGCUCGGGCGGGCUUGGUGGCCUCGGCGGUGGAGUUGGCGGCCUGGGGGGUGGAGCUGGUGGCGGCGGCCUGGGAGGUGGUGCCGGUGGGCUCGGCGGGGGCAUCGGCCACGGCUGCGGUGGCUGCAUCCAUCCGUGACCGGUCGAUGUUCAUCCAUUACGUACGUUGCCUGCAUGCAUGGAUGGUGCAUGCGUGCCGAACGGUCAACGGUCAAGGUCAUGGUAGGGUCAACGGUGCAUGCAUGCAUGCAUGCAUGCGUGAUUGUCAGUCAGUAGGAAGUGUAUCGACGUACUACGUGUUUGAUGAUGUGAUGUUGCAAUAAUAAGGAUGCAUGCAUGCAGCUAGGUUAUGUAUAUUAGCUGGUAAUCAAUUAAGUACGUACGUACCCUAGCCUGGUAAGCUCGAUCAUGUUGCUAGCUCUUAGUAUUUCUCCCUCUUCGUGUAUGCUAGCUCCUCGGUGUCCCUCUGUGUGUAAUGAAAAAUAAUUUAAACUUGUCGUUUUGAUA